CUUCCGGGGGUCGUGCCGCCAAGCUCUCCAGGUUGGGCUCUGUCUCUCGAGUCCGCUCGGAGGCCGCCUCCCUCCGACCGGCCCGGCAGGACCGAGCCGAGCCGCGGGGCCCCCUCCGGCCCGGCCAUGAGUGCGGCCGCAUGAUGCGUCCCUGCCUCGGCCGCUGCAGUCGCCGCCGCCGCCGCCGCAGGCCGGGAGGAGCCGCAGCGCCGGGCGACCCCGCCCGGGCCUCGGAUCCUACCACAUAGGACAGUAUGCACCUUAAGAUCCUGAAGAAAAGACACAAAACGUUCAAGUAAUGUCUAAAAAUAAUUUGUGAGGGAAACCAUGCCGUCAUCAGGACACCGGCUCCGGGAUGUCGAACACCAUCCUCUCCUGACCGAAAAUGACAACUACGACUCUUCCUCCUCCUCUUCAUCCGAGGCCGACGUGGCAGACAGGGUCUGGUUCAUCCGCGACGGCUGUGGCAUGAUCUGUGCUGUCGUGACGUGGCUACUGGUCGUGUACGCGGACUUCGUGGUGACGUUUGUCAUGCUGCUGCCUUCCAAAGACUUCUGGUACUCCGUGGUCAAUGGAGUCGUUUUUAACUGCCUGGCGGUGCUUGCCCUGUCCUCUCACUUGAGGACCAUGCUCACCGACCCCGGGGCAGUACCCAAAGGGAAUGCUACUAAGGAAUACAUGGAGAGUUUGCAGCUGAAGCCUGGAGAAGUGAUCUACAAAUGCCCCAAGUGCUGCUGUAUCAAGCCCGAGCGCGCCCACCACUGCAGUAUUUGCAAAAGAUGUAUUCGGAAAAUGGAUCAUCACUGCCCCUGGGUGAACAACUGUGUCGGAGAAAAGAAUCAGAGAUUUUUCGUGCUCUUCACUAUGUACAUCGCGCUGGCGUCCGUGCACGCGCUCGUGCUCUGCGGGCUGCAGUUCGUCGCCUGCGUCCGAGGGCAGUGGACUGAAUGCAGUGGUUUCUCACCUCCAGUCACUGUGAUCCUGCUGAUCUUCCUGUGCCUUGAGGGUCUGCUGUUUUUCACUUUCACCGCAGUGAUGUUCGGCACCCAGAUCCACUCCAUAUGCAAUGAUGAAACGGAGAUUGAGAGGCUGAAGAGUGAGAAGCCGACGUGGGAGCGGAGGCUGCGGUGGGAAGGGAUGAAGUCCGUCUUUGGGGGCCCCCCCUCGCUGCUCUGGAUGAACCCCUUCGUCGGCUUCCGAUUCAGGCGACUGCAGACGAGACCUAGGAAAGGGGGCCCCGAGUUCUCAGUAAAACGAGCCAAGCCAGUGACCAGGAAUUCUGCGGCUGGUGGCUUCGGGGAGCUCCCGCUGGCCCCGUGAUUCCCGAGGGUCCGCCUCGGUCCAGGAGGGGCCUGGAUGCAGGAGCCGCAGGCGCUGCACGGAGCAUCAGGGCUGCAGGUUCGCUCCCCGCCCGGGGCUGGUGGGCCCUGACCCUGUGGGCAAGUCCACGUGUGUCUGUGUGUGUGCGUGCACGUGUGUUUUAAAGUGGGCCGUGUUGUUCAGGCAACAUAACACGUUAUGGGCGUGUGCCACAGACAAGCUAUUUUUUAGAAACCGACGUUUCAGGGAAGAGGGGAGAGCUGCGCGGGGUCCCCCCUCCCGUGGGGUUUACUAUGAAUGUAUUGCAUAUUGGAGAAUAUCUCAAUCCAAAGAACAAUCAUUCCUGUGUGGUCUUCUGUUGCCCUCCUGUUUUAAUUUUUUUUUACAAAAAUCUUGAGUGCGUGAGAGGGCUUUGGCACUGACCUGUCUGGUUCUGGCCAAAUGAGCAGCGUGUAAACGGCCCCUCCGUGAAAGGAGAGCAGCGUCUGUGGCGGCCUGGCACCUGCAGCCUGAUGCUCACGCAGAUGGCCUGCAGGGGGCGCACGCGGCCCCGACGAGGUGAGGGGGCCGCGAGGCAGGAGCCCCUGGGCCCCGUGGGCCUCGCUUGCAGACUAUUCAGGAUGGCGACAGCUUGUUUGAUUUUUCAGUUUUUACCUUUUUGGGGCAUCAUUUUGUUUCUUUACCCACGUCACAAGCGAUAAAAUAGGACCCUUGGUGCAGAGCUUAAAAUUAUGCCAGAAAGCAAACAGCUCCCCUCCCUGGGGACUCGCCUUAAACUUGCCUGGUUUGUCGGUGUUUCGCGGGACUGAGGAGGAAGCCAUCUCUGACAAGGUCUUGGGGGGGGGGUGUCCCCUGAGCCCACGUCCCACGCUGAGAAGAGUGGGCGUCUCCCUCCUGGUCUCCACGCCUCUCUGCUCAUCUGUGAGCUGUUUUGCUUUCGUUUGCAUUAACCCGUCCCCUGUCCUGAUCAGGGUUUCUACCACUGCUGGUGCAGAACCACAAAGGGCCUAUUGGACAACAGUCUAGCUGAGUAAGCGAGCUGUGGGACGGGUGUGAAAUGGACUCAGUCACUGCAGGACGUGGGCUGUGACGGGGGGCGCCGAGUCGCAGCCGGAGGACUAACAGAACAGGAGACUGAUGGGUUUCCCGAGACUGUUCUGCAGCAUCUGUCGUCUGGGUUGGACGUGUGUAUUGGGCUUCAAUGUGAGGCUUUUCAUAUGUAUAUCCUGGUUAUCAAUAAAAACAAUUAUCAAAGUGGUUGAAUCCUGUGAGACUUGGCAAAUACGUGCAAAUCAAGUAUACUUGACUUUUCAACCUCUUCUUUCAAUGUAACUUUUUUAAGAAAUAAAGCCACCAGUUGACAUUC